AUGUCUUCCUUAUCUCCAUCAAUAACAAAAGAUGGACUGCACCUAUCCGUCAAUAAAAAUGUCAUCGUAACAAAUGAAAAUCAGAUAAAUGAAUCACAUAGUAAACUCAUUGAAAAUUUAAAAGAUUUUGUAGAUUCAUUUAAAAAAAUCGAUGAUAAUAAUAAUCAGUAUGAAAUUGAAAAAAAUGAAAUCAACAACAUUAAAUCCGACCAAUUCAAUGAUAAAUUGAAUAAUCAACUGCAAAAGACUAUACAACCUCGUCAUGUCAUAAUGAUAUCCCUGGGAACAGGCAUAGGUACCGGACUUCUCGUAGGAAAUGGUGCAACUUUACACAAUGCAGGCCCUGCGGGACUUCUAAUAGGUUACAUCAUAAUGGCUUCGUGUAUUUACUGCAUCAUCCAAGCUUGUGGUGAAAUGGCUGUCAACUAUUUAACUCUGAUCGGAGGUUUCAAUAAUUAUCCAUCUUUUUUAGUCGAUACCGCCUGGAAUUUCGCUGUCGCUUGGGUUUAUUGUAUACAAUGGUUAUGUGUGUGUCCAUUGGAAUUAGUAACUGCUUCAAUGACAAUAAAAUAUUGGAAUGAAAAAGUCGAUCCAGACGUAUUCGUCACAAUAUUUUAUCUGUUGAUAAUUGCAAUUAAUUUAUUCGGUGGUGCAAGAGGCUACGCUGAGGCAGAAUUCUUUUUUAAUCUAUGUAAAAUAUUAAUGAUAGCGGGAUUCUUCAUCCUCGGCAUUAUACUAAUAUGUGGGGGCGCAGGAACUUCAGGCUAUAUAGGUGUCUCCUAUUGGAACAAUCCAGGUGCCUUUAGAGGCCAUACUCCAGGUACUAGAUUCAAAGGUAUCGUCAGUACUCUUGUCACUGCUGCAUUCUCAUUCGGUCAAACUGAAUUUUUAGCGAUUACAGCAUCAGAGCAAUCAAAUCCAAGAAAGGCAAUCCCUUCAGCCGCUAAAAAAGUCAUCUAUAGAGCAUUAUUUAUUUACGUUGGCUCAAUUAUUAUAGUCGGCUUCUUGGUUCCUUAUAACUCUCCAGAGUUAUUAGGUUCAAAAAGUUCUCAAACGAAAGCUUCUCCAUAUGUCAUUGCGGUGGCAUCCCAUGGAAUUCGUAUCGCCCCACAUUUUAUUAAUGCAGUUAUCCUCAUAUCAGUACUCUCUGUGGCAAAUUCAUCCUUUUAUUCAAGUUCUCGCAUGCUAUUAACCUUGGCAAAACAAGGUUACGCUCCAAAAAUUUUCACUUAUCUUGAUCGAAAAGGUAGACCACUUUUUGGUAUCAUUGCCGCCUCUUUACUGGCAACGAUUGCCUUCUGUGCAUCUUCCCCAAAGGAAACUGAAGUAUUCAGUUGGCUAUUGGCUAUUUCCGGAUUGUCACAAGUGUUUACAUGGGGGACAAUUUGUCUCUCUCAUAUCAGAUUUAGAAGAGCAAUGAAAAUUCAAGGUAGAUCACUCAAUGAACUUGGCUAUAAGUCUCAAGUCGGCGUUUGGGGGUCCAUAUAUGCUGCCACAGUAAUGUUUCUUAUAUUAAUUGGUCAAUUUUGGGUCGCUUUAUGGCCCUUGAACUCCAAUGGUGCUAAUAUUACAAAUUUUUUCAAAGAAUAUUUGGCUAUGCCAAUCUUACUACUAUUUUAUUUUGGCUAUAAAACUUGGAAAAAGGAUUGGAACUUAUUUAUAAGGGCAAAAGAUAUCGAUUUAAUUAGUCAUAGACACAUUUACGAUGAAGACGUAUUGAAACAAGAAAAAAACCAGUACAAGGAAAAUUUGAAAAAUGGAUCAUUGUGGUUAAAGAUAUACGCAUUCUGGUGUUAA